GGACAAGCCUUCAGACAUAAAACGAAAGAUGUUAUUUUAUUAGUCAAUUAUAAAAGGCACAAAAUUCUAUCAAUACUUCAAAAAAAGUAAACGUGAAUCCAAGACUACUAGUGCUAACCAUUGAGAGAGAGAACAAGGGAGAGCACCAAGCAAUGUCCACUGUAUCUUUAUGGAAUCUAGCGUUAUCUCCCAACAAACGGAUCUGUCUCUCUCCUCUCUCAUGGCGUCCUUCUUUUCCCUCUCACGCCAUGUUUCCUCGUCGCCAGAACACCAAAACCGUCGUAGUCCUGGUCAGAAUGUUGGACUCAAAGCCCACUGUCCUCGUGGCAGAAAAGCUCGGUGACGCAGGUAUCCAACUACUUAAAACUUUCGCCAAUGUGGACUGCUCCUACAACUUAAGUCCUGAAGAGCUUUGCACCAAGAUUUCGCUUUGUGAUGCUUUAAUAGUGAGAAGUGGAACCAAGGUUACUCGGGAAGUGUUUGAGUCAUCUAUGGGAAGGCUCAAGGUUGUGGGUAGAGCUGGUGUUGGGAUUGAUAAUGUGGAUUUAUCGGCUGCUACGGAACAUGGGUGUCUCGUGGUUAAUGCGCCUACAGCCAAUACAAUUGCGGCUGCCGAGCAUGGGAUUGCUUUGCUCACUGCUAUGGCCAGGAAUGUUUCCCAAGCUGAUGCUUCUAUGAAAGCAGGAAAAUGGCAGAGAAACAAGUAUGUAGGGGUAUCCCUUGUAGGGAAAACACUUGCCGUUAUGGGGUUUGGGAAAGUUGGUUCAGAAGUAGCCAGGCGUGCUAAAGGACUUGGAAUGAAUGUAAUUGCACAUGAUCCUUAUGCCCCAGCAGACCGCGCUCGUGCAGUUGGUGUGGAGCUGGUGAACUUUGAAGAAGCAUUGUUAACUGCUGAUUUUAUCUCCAUGCACAUGCCUCUCACUCCUGCUACAUCAAAAAUGUUCAAUGAUGAGGCUUUUUCUCGGGUGAAGAGAGGGGUCCGCAUUGUCAAUGUUGCCCGUGGUGGUGUUAUUGAUGAGGAAGCUCUACUACGGGCCUUAGAUUCUGGGAUUGUUGCUCAGGCAGCACUUGAUGUGUUCACAGAAGAGCCCCCUCCAAAAGAAAAUAAGUUGGUGCGGCAUGAAAAUGUGACUGUCACUCCUCAUCUUGGUGCCAGUACCACAGAGGCUCAGGAAGUUGUGGCCCUUGAAAUUGCUGAAGCUGUUGUUGGGGCUUUGAAGGGGGAGCUUGCUGCUACAGCUGUAAAUGCCCCCAUGGUCCCUCCUCAGGUUAUGUCAGAACUUGCACCAUUUGUUUCACUCACUGAGAAGCUGGGUAGAUUGGCUUUACAAUUGGUUGCUGGUGGAAGCGGUGUGAAGUUUGUCAAGGUGACUUAUGCUUCUGCUAGAGGUCGAGAUGAUCUUGAUACUCGGCUGCUCCGAGCCAUGAUUACGAAGGGUCUAAUUGAGCCUAUUUCUAGUGUUUUUGUGAACUUAGUGAACGCUGACUUCACGGCUAAACAGAGAGGCCUUAGGUUAACAGAAGAACGUAUUGUAUUGGAUGGCUCACCUGAGAAUCCUCUCGAGUUCAUCCAGGUUCAAAUUGCCAAUGUGGAAUCUAAAUUUGCUAGUGCAAUUUCUGAGUCUGGUGAGAUUACAGUAGAGGGAAGAGUCAAGGAUGGAAAACCCCAUCUGACCAAGGUUGGAUCCUUUGAUGUUGAUGUAAGCCUGGAAGGCGGUCUUAUACUCUGCAGGCAGAUUGAUCAACCCGGUAUAAUUGGAAGUGUGGGCAGCAUAUUAGGCGAGGAAAAUGUAAAUGUAAAUUUCAUGAGUGUUGGAAGGAUUGCACCAAGGAAACAAGCUGUAAUGACCAUUGGUGUGGAUGAGGAACCCAGCAGAGACGCAUUAAAGAAAAUAGGAGAAAUUCCAGCUGUUGAAGAGUUUGUCUUCCUAAAGUUGUAACAUAGACUACUUAGUCAUACCAUCAUGCUCGAUCUGUUUGUUACUAAUUUUGAGCACUGCUCUGAAAAAUGUAGUUUUAGAUUUAGAGUGCAUUUUGUUAUUGUAUUCCAACUGCUAAUUCGAUUGGUUGGAUAAUAGCCUGAAAUUUCAGGUAGGUGCCUUAAAAUGUUCCCUUUUCAUGUAAAUUAUAAUACUAUCUCCAAUGCUUUUUUACUACUGUGCUCUGUCGCAGAUGAGGAGUUCUAAGCGAUAUUUUUGGCCAAUUGAGCAAAAUGUUGUACGCGUCUAUCAAAAUUUAUU